AUGUACGUGAGCUACCUUCUGGAUAAGGACGUUGGCAUGUACCCUGGAUCUAUGCGUGGCCACCCCGGGCUGCAGAACUACCCCACUGCCCCCCAGUAUCCUGACUAUGGGGGCUACCAUGGACUGAGUUUUGAAAGUGCAGCUCCUUCUUCUGGAUCAUCCGCUUGGAUCACACCUUAUGGAGCCCCAAGGGAAGACUGGGGCCACACAGCCUACUCCACAGGACAUACUCCUUUAAAUCCCUCUCCAGGGGGUAGUUUGGGUUACAGCCCCGUUUCUGAUUACCCAACUGGGCAAGUGCAGGGACCACCUUGUGUUGGGGUGCUGCCAGGAGGCCACCAACCUCCAAUCUCUCCAGGGGUGACAGAUGGGCACAGGAGACAUUAUGAGUGGAUGAGAAAACCAACGACUCAGGGAAACACCGGCAGUAAGACCAGGACCAAGGACAAGUACCGGGUGGUCUACACCGACCACCAGCGGCUGGAGCUGGAGAAGGAGUUCCACUACAGCAGGUACAUCACCAUCAGGAGGAAGGCAGAGCUGGCUGUCAGCCUGGGACUCUCUGAGCGGCAGGUGAAGAUCUGGUUCCAAAACAGAAGAGCCAAAGAAAGAAAAAUCACCAAGAAACAGAUUCAGCAAACUCAGAACGGGCAGAAUGAUCAAGACCCUCUAAGCCCAGCGCCCUCUUUGAAUCAUAUGAUGCCCUUGUCUGGCUCUAACGUGGGCACACUGACAAAUGCUGUUGUUCCGUGA